AUGAACGCUCAAAUAGCAUUCAUCAUUGUUUUAAGCUUUAUUCCGAAUAUCUAUAUGAAAUCCACAUUUUCGAUUUUAAAAUCACCAACUUGUGACGAAAUUAAUCCCAACUACUUUGGAAACAUAUCUUUGAAUUUAAAAAAUAAUAAGCUAAGCAUGGAUAUGGACUUACUGAGGACAAUACAUUCAGGCCUACGCGUAAAUGUGUUUCUUUUCACACGAAAGCUAAAGUCGGACGAUUUUCAAAGCUUUUAUCAAUUCUCUUUGGACAUGUGCAGCAUGUUGGAUAAGCAAAAUAGCAACAUUUUGAAAAAAUGGUUCUCAACAUUUAUGGCAUGUGGAAAUUUUGAAAGACGUUGCCCAGUUCAACCGAAACACUACUAUAUAAAAGACUAUUUAGUGCAUAAGCUUGAAAUUCCUUCAUUUUUGUUUCCUGGCUUCUAUCGGCUUAAAUUUAAUAUGAUUCAGAGUAAAUGUCAAAGCAAAAGUAAGGAUUUUAUAAUUGGUUGUGUGGUGGAGGUUGAAAUAAAAUAA